AGUAAUAGAAUUAUUUAUUUGAGCUUAAAUGUUAACCAAUCUAUAACAUUUGUGUAAUUAUGAUUAGAGCUUAAAGAUAAAUUGUUUUGACAGGAUAUAUAGGAAGCGGAAAAACAUCUAUUUUUAAUUUAAUUUGUAAAACAAAAUAGCCUGCCUUAUUUGGAGGGUGUAAUUCAUAAACAAGGUAAUUAAAAAUUAAAAAAAAGACAACCAUUCUUAAAAGAAGCUGCUUAUGGAAGUGGAUUUCGAGUUUUAGAUACUCCUGGCUAUGGAUUAAUAUCAGAGAAAUUAAUUCAUGCUGUUGGUGUUUUAAAUGCCCUCUCAGAAGGACCUGUUAACUAAAUAUUUUUAGUAGUUAAAUGGGAAAGAAUAGAGUUGAUGUAAGUUUAUUUGAAAUACAUGGUUGUAAAAUUUCUAAGAUUUAAACAUCUUAUAACUGUUGCUGUUACACAUUGGGAUAUGGCAGAUAAGGAAACCAUAAAAUAAAAUGAGGAAUAAGUAAGAAAGAUGAUUGCUUCAUAUAAAUUAAAUUCUGUUAUUUUUUUAUCUAAAUUAGAUUCAGGUGAAAAUGUUUGUGCUUAAAUUGAUACAAUUUUAGAUAAAAGUUAAGCUGAAAAAAUUGAAUUAACUGAAGCAGAGUUUUAUUCUAAUUUUGAUUUAAUUGAAUUGAAAAAUGAUAUAGAGUUUGAAUUGUAAGAUUAAACGGAAGAAGUAAAUAGAAAUUUUAGAAAAAUAGCAAAAGCUAUAAGAUAAUUUAUUAAAGAGUUUGAUGAUAACAAUCCUUCAAUGCAUGAAAUAAUGCAUUAUCUUGCUUUGGAGACAAAAAAAAUAGCAGAAGGCUUAAUCUCAGAUUUUGAAAUUAAAAACAAUGAUAAAUUUUCUGAGUUAUUUGAGUAUCAUUCAAAUCCUAGUCUUGCUUAUUUAAUUCAUUUUGAAUUAAAGAAAGCAUUAAUGAUAGAUAUUGAUGAAAUUGUAAAGCUUACUCAAUACAAAAUGAAAAAUAAUUAAGAACAUUUUUUUAAUUUUAUCAAGGCCUGUCCUUUUUGUGGACUUAUUUGGUUAAAAGUAUAUGGAUCUUGUACGACGACAACUUGUGGAAAUUUUCCUACUACUGAUGAUUCGAAAUUUUCAAAGUAUAAAUUGACUUAAAAGUACACAUUUAACAUUACAGAAAAAGGAGUAACCUACACAUUAAACUAAGAAAAUCUUUUAUAAUCAAAUCCUACUACUUCAAAAACAUAUGUUGAUCCCUCUUUGAAAGAAAAAUAGAAAAAGCUAGGAUGUGGUAAACCGAUUAUUUGGAAGGAAAUUCCUGCUCUUUCACCACAAUAAUUAAAAGAACUGAUUGACCCAGGAUUAAUGGAUUAUUUUGCUAAUGAAGUUCCAAAUGAAGAACUUAAGAAAAUUUUGAUGAAAGCUUAAAAGUCUAUUAAAGAUAAGGUUGAUUAAAUUAAGAUAGAGAAUACAGUAGUUAAAUUAUGA